UUUUGAUUCAAAGAUGAUGGCCAGAAAAGGAAACUGAUUUAAAUCCCGUCGAUUUUUGACUACGAGGGGGGUGGAUGAGAUUAUUGAAAAGCGGGCAAGCUGACAGCAUCUUUUUUUUUUUGUUUCUUUUCCUUCUUUCAUCUUAAUACCUAUAGUAAAAGAUUCCCCUUCCUCUUUUGUUAUGGAACACGCUCCUCUUACAGCUGAUCAUGCUUUUAUCAAUUCAACUGUUCAUUCCGUUUAUGAAUUGGUAGUAGCUAUUCCUGGUUCAACACUUGCCUUUAAUUAUCUCAAGAAUGCAUAUCAAGAUGAUCCUUUCCGUAUUGCUUUAGAACUCUUCUUAGUCUUCUUUGCACUUCGUUACAUGUUAUCCAAGAAAUACAAACCUCAUGAUAAUGCAGUCAAGUUAACAGAAAAGGAAAUUGAUGAACUUGUGGAAGAAUGGCAACCGGAAUCGUUAGUACCAAAACUUAGUUCAUAUGACAAAUUCAAUUUGGAAAAAACGCCCAUGAUUGUUGGUGCACAAACUGCCAAAACCAAGGUAGCAGGAUAUACCAAACCUUUGAUGAAUUUAGCAACUACCAAUUAUUUGAACUUGGUUUCUUCUGAACAUAUUCGACAAAAGGCAAUUGAUGCUCUGAAGAAUUAUGGUGUAGGUACUUGUGGACCUCCUGGAUUCUAUGGUACUUUGGAUAUUCAUAUGCAAUUGGAAAAAGAUAUUGCUCGCUUUUUGGGAACGGACGAAGCCAUUAUUUAUGCCCAAAACUUUUCUACUAUUUCUUCUGUGAUUCCUGCCUUUUCCAAACGUGGUGAUCUUUUGGUUGUUGAUGAUCGUGUCAAUUUUGCCAUUCAAAAAGGUGUACAAAUCUCUCGGUCAAAUGUUCGUUGGUACAAACAUAAUGAUAUGAAUGAUCUUGAACGUGUCUUGAAUGAAAUACAAUUGGAUACAUUAAGACACAAGAAACGAUUAACACGCCGCUUUAUUGUAACGGAAGCAUUAUUCAGCAACUAUGGGGAUGUGGUACCUUUGCCUAAAUUGAUUGAAUUAAAAAAGAAAUUCAAGUAUCGAUUGAUUUUAGAUGAAUCUCAAUCCAUUGGUGUUCUUGGUCGACGAGGUGCUGGUGUUACAGAUCAUUUUGGUGUGGAUGCUAAGGACGUGGAUAUGAUUGUUGGAUCCAUGGCAUCUGCGUUAUGUUCUUCUGGUGGAUUUUGUGCUGGUAGUGUAGAAAUUGUAGAUCAUCAACGAUUAUCAGGCAGCGCGUAUUGUUUUUCAGCCUCACUUCCAGCUAUGCUUACGAUAUCUGCAUCUGAAGCAAUCAAUAUCAUCAGUCAACAACCCAAUCUGUUACGUGAACUCCGGGAACGUGUUCAAGCCUUCCGUCAUACUCUUGCUCAUAAAAGUUUGGAUGCAUUGAUUGAUGUGGAUACCUCAUCUGGUCCAGAUGCUGCUGUGGUACCGUUUUUCCAUAUCCGGAUCAAGCCAUCCUUUUUGGCUUCUCGCAAUGCUAAUCUUAGUCGUGAAGAUGAAGAACGUUUGCUUCAAGAAGUGGUGGAUGAAUGUGCUUCUCAAGGUGCUUUGGUGACCCGUGCUAAAUAUGUGGAUGAUCAAGAACGUGGCUUACCUCGACCAAGUAUCAAGAUUCAUGUCACUGUAGGACUCUCCAAGAAAGAAAAUGACAAAGCUGCUACUAUUGUCAAAUCUGCUCUUACCAAGGUGUUAUCUUCCAAAUGGAAAAAAUAAUCCUCUCUAUAGUAUUAGUGUUAUUUAAUUCAUGUUUGAUAUUAAAAUAAAAAAAUAAUAAUAAUGUCCUGUUUGAAA